ACAGUGACCAAAGAAAUGAAAGAAAUGAAAGCCAUGAUGUUUCAAAUGUUGGAAAAGAUGAAUAUAAAUGAACAACAUGUUCAAACAUUGACAUCACCAGUUGAAAUGGUCAUGAACUCUGUAAAAUGUGAUAUAUUGAUUGCUGGAGGUUACCCACAUGGUUCCUUAAAGAGUGCUGAAAUAUUUUCAUGGAAGGAGGAGAAAUGGUUUGAGAUUGCAUCAAUGGAAAAUGAACACAUGGAUGCUUCAUCAUUUAUUUAUAAUGAUACUUUAUUUGUUGUUGGAGGAGUGGACUGCAAGUCAAUGGAGACAUUGAAUAUAAAACAGUUUCCUUUAACAUGGAGAAAAUUUCCCACAGAGCUUCCUUAUGACUGUGAGGGUCAUCAAACUGUUGUUUAUAAAACACAAAUCUUUCACAUUGGAGAAUACAUUAUUACUAAAGGAAGAUCAGAUUUGAUCAGUGAAAUAAAAAUUACUGGUACAACAUCUAAUGUUUUGAAAGAGUUGUGUCAUAUGCCUGAACCACGUUUGAAGCAUGGAGCUGUUGUUGUUGAUGAUAAAGUUCUUAUUUUUGGAGGAUGGGGAAAAGAUGAUGAAGUUAUGUCCAGUGUUUUGGAAUUUGAUCCAAGGACUCUUACAUUCAAGGAAAUGCCUCCAUUACCUCAUCCAUUGGGCGGAAUGGCAACAGUUCAAUGGAGAGAUCAAGUUGUUCUUCUUGGAGGUGAUGAUGGAAGAAAAAGAUUGAACAGUGUUAUCAUGUAUGACACUAAGACAGGUAAGAUUACAGUCUUACCAUCCAUGUUGGAAAAGAGAUUCAACUGUUGUGCAGUUAUAACAGAUGAUACAAUUGUUGUCAUGGGAGGUGCGAAUGAUAAAGAUAAUUAUCUUAAUUCAGUGGAGUGUUUCAAAAUGGGAUGUAGUUCUUCAUGGAAAUAUCUUCCUUCAAUGAACGAGCCACGACACUUGUCCAUAGCCGAAGUUUUACCUUUUGGACAAAAGUAUGUAUAAGCAAGAAAACGUUCAUCAAACGUUAUAACUUACUAAAAAUUCUUGUAGCUUACACUGGAUGAUAAAUAUGUAAAGUUAAAUGUGUAAACCUUUAAAGCCUGUUGAGAAAUUAUUUCUCCACUGAUUCACUUUAAUGAUAUAUAUACUGUAUAUUGCAAGUUGUAUCAUAAAAUACUAUAUACAGCACAUGUCUAUCACAAACUUUGGUCACCAAUUAAGAAUUAUAUAUUUACAUGUUAUUUAUAUAAAUGGCAUUUUUCAAAUAUAUUACAUGGCUUUGCUCA